AUGAGUGACGACGAAGAAGAAACCACCACCGCGCGCCCAACCCCAUCCAAAAAACGAUCACGUAGAAGUAGAAGUAGUGGCAGUGAAGAUGGAAAUAGUAGAAGAAGUAGAAGUCGUGGAAGUACGAGAGAUGGAGAACGUAGUGGAGACCGUAGCGCCAGACACAGCUCCAGACGAAGCUCUAGUGCGUCCAAACCGGCCGAUAAGCUCGUCCGCACAUUAACCGGCUGUUCCAGCUCCUUAUCCAAAUAUCUCACAAAGGAGUUCGUCACUUCGUUGGGCUUGGACCAACUUUCCACUUGUGUCGAUACUAUAAAAACAAUCGAAGAAGAAUUGGAAAAAGCUAAGAAACUAUUCAAGGAACAACUGGACGACCUGAACAAACAAAGUGAAGCGACAGCCAAGAGUGACGCGGAAAAAAAAACUCACAUCGAGACUUCACUUUCGAGUGGGUCCAGCACGACAGGCGAAAAGACAAAAGACGAUUCUUCUGAAGGAGACGAGGAUAAGAAGGAUAAGUAA